AUGGGCGUCACCAACAAGCGAACGAUCACGAAGACAAGACGCAAGACUCGAGAUGUCGAUCAGGUGAAGGCCGAUAUCUUGUCACCCAAGCACCUAAAGCAAUUCCAGGAGACCAAGGCCAUUGAGGAUCUCCCUGGCCUUGGUCGACACUACUGCGUGGAAUGCGCCAAAUGGUUUGAUACAGAUUCUGCCCUGGUUGUGCAUCAGAAAGGAAAACCCCAUAAGCGAAGGGUCAAGCAGAUCGCUGAGGGACCCUACACCCAGGAAGAGGCCGAAGCCGCUGUCGGUCUACGAACAGACAAUGGCGACCGAAAACGCACCUUUGGCGACGGAGACAACGACGUGGCCAUGGACGCCUAA